CACGGCCCCGGCCCCGGGGGCAGCGCGGGGGGCAGCAGCCAGAACAACAGCGGCAGCAAGUCCAGCAAGAAGAAGAACCAGAACAUCGGGUACAAGCUGGGGCACCGCCGGGCGCUCUUCGAGAAGCGCAAGCGGCUCAGCGACUACGCGCUCAUCUUCGGCAUGUUCGGCAUCGUGGUGAUGGUCAUCGAGACCGAGCUGUCCUGGGGCGCCUACACCAAGGAGUCGCUGUAUUCAUUAGCUCUAAAAUGCCUUAUUAGCCUCUCCACGAUUAUUCUGCUUGGUCUUAUUAUUGUAUACCACGCAAGGGAAAUUCAGUUGUUCAUGGUGGACAAUGGAGCAGAUGACUGGAGAAUAGCCAUGACUUACGAGCGUAUUUUCUUCAUCUGCUUGGAAAUACUGGUGUGUGCUAUACAUCCCAUACCUGGGAAUUAUACAUUCACAUGGACAGCCCGGCUUGCCUUCUCCUAUGCUCCAUCUACAACAACAGCUGAUGUGGAUAUUAUUUUAUCUAUACCAAUGUUCUUAAGACUGUAUCUUAUUGCCAGAGUUAUGCUUUUGCAUAGCAAACUUUUCACAGAUGCCUCAUCUAGAAGCAUUGGAGCACUAAAUAAGAUAAACUUCAAUACACGUUUUGUUAUGAAGACUUUAAUGACAAUAUGUCCGGGAACUGUACUGUUGGUUUUUAGUAUCUCAUUAUGGAUAAUUGCUGCAUGGACUGUCCGAGCUUGUGAAAGGUACCAUGAUCAGCAGGAUGUUACUAGCAACUUCCUUGGAGCCAUGUGGUUGAUUUCAAUAACUUUCCUAUCCAUUGGAUAUGGUGACAUGGUACCUAAUACAUACUGUGGGAAAGGAGUUUGUUUACUUACUGGAAUAAUGGGUGCUGGGUGCACUGCACUGGUGGUAGCUGUGGUUGCAAGGAAGUUAGAACUUACCAAAGCUGAAAAACAUGUGCAUAAUUUCAUGAUGGAUACCCAGCUAACUAAAAGAGUGAAAAAUGCAGCUGCCAAUGUACUCAGGGAAACAUGGUUAAUUUAUAAAAAUACAAAGCUGGUUAAAAAGAUAGACCAUGCAAAAGUAAGGAAACAUCAACGCAAAUUCUUGCAAGCUAUUCAUCAAGCUCGGAAAUUAAGAAGUGUAAAAAUGGAGCAAAGGAAACUGAAUGAUCAAGCAAACACUUUGGUGGACCUGGCAAAGACUCAAAACAUCAUGUACGACAUGAUUUCUGACUUAAAUGAAAGAAGUGAAGAUUUUGAGAAGAGGAUUGUUACUUUGGAAACUAAACUGGAAACCUUAAUUGGUAGCAUUCAAGCUCUCCCAGGACUGAUUAGCCAGACAAUCAGCCAACAACAGAGGGAUUUCCUUGAAGCUCAGAUACAAAAUUACGACAAGCAUGUUGCCUACAGUGCUGAGAGAUCACGAUCUUUGUCGAGACGGAGAUCCUCCUCCACAGCACCACCGACUUCGUCAGAGAGUAGCUAGAAGAGAAUAUGUUAACCACAAAAUAAAGACUUUUUGCCAUCAUAUGGUCAAUAUUUUAGCUUUUAUUGUAAAGCCCUACAGUUCUAAUCAGUGUUAUCUUGGUUCUGAUGUCAGAAUCCUGGAAACCUGAACACACAGUUUUAGGCCAAAAUGAGCGAAAACUUUUUUUUUUCUGUCAGAUGCACAGUGAAUGCACCUAUUAUUGCUAUAUAGAUUAUUCCUCCUGUAAUUUCACUAACUUUUUAUUCAUGCACUUAAAACAAACUUUACUACUACAGUAUAUAAAUAUAAUAAAAAAGUUAAUUUCUGCACAUACCUGCUUGGUCGCUUUGACUUUAACAUAUUUAAAGUUUUAUUAAGUAUUAGUUGAAGUUCAAAUUAGUUGAAGAUGAUUCUAACUAAAGAAAUGCAGAGUUUAAGCUUUAUUAGCCUCAAGAGGUGAACAUUGCUUUUCUAACCUCUCCCUUGGGGGAGAAAAAAAAUUGCUUGAUGAACAUUAUUACAGUUUUUGCAUGUAUAACCACUUGAGAGGGACAGUGUUAACCUGAAUUUUUAAAAAGUGAUUAUUUUAAAAAAAACAACAACAAUUUCUGCUACUCCCUUUAUAAAAUGUUCCAUGAUUUUUUUUUAAGUAUUUUCAUUGGAGGGGGGUUCUGCUCACCUAGCUAUGUUUAUAAAGGGCCUUUUCAGUAGUGGGGAAAAAUCCUAUAUAACUUUCUAUGCAUUGAAAUGGACUGUGCUUACUUUGUGCAUUUGCUGAAUUUUAUGAAGAGUAAAAACACAAAGAAAAAAAUUCCUUCUAAUUACUUCUGUUAUAAUCAUUUUGGGAGUGACUUGUAACUAUAGCAGACAGGUAUAUGAUUUAAUGUGAUAUAAUAUUUCCAGACAGAUUUUUUUCAAGUUGAUAGUGCCCUUUUACAUUAUUCUGCAUUUUCUGUUUCCUUUUCAAAAGUGUGUGUGUUUUUUUUGUUUUGGGGGUUUUUUUUGUUUGUUUUUUUGUAUUUGUCAUAUGUAGGUAUGAACUCCAAAGAAAAGCCUAAGUUACUGUGGCACAGUAAUAUGUCGCAUUUAGAUAAUCCCUUUGAUUUCAACUACAAAUCUAGGAAACUAACAGAGAGAAAGUGAGGUUUAACCAAAGAGUUUCUUCAUGAUGGUCAUUAAAAAGAUGUUGGAAGUUUGUGUCGGAAGCUAGUACCCACUUGAACCAUUGGGUAGUCUAUUGUUUCCUUUCAUUCACUAAUAAUGAAGUCUCGUAUUUUGAAAAGGCAUAUGUGGGCAGUUUGACUUUUCUACUGAAUAUAUCAUGAAUGGCAAUCUUAUGUAGAUUAUUUGUGCAAGGCACAAGAGUAUUACAUGUAUGGGUCUCAUUUAUAAAAACAGUAUGUAGGGGACUUUAAUUCCCUACCUUGGUAUCAUCCUUAUUGGUCAACCAAGAGAGCAUAACACCAAUGAAAUGAAGAUAAUUGGUAAGUAUAGCUAUUCCAUAUUGUCAUAAAAUACAUUUAUUAAAUAGAUCUAUAUAUGAACUUGUAUGCAUGUUGGAGAAAAUUGAGGUUGUUAUAUUAAAUAUUGAAAGUUCAACUCUACAUAAAUUAAUUUCUGGCAAACAUUUAAAAGACAUUUCUAUUCUCAUCUUAGAAACACAGACAUUUCUAGGAUGGAGCUGGCCAUGAAUACACUCAUGCUAAGAGAUAAAAUGUCACUACUUUUUACACCAGUGCACUUAGCACACAACACUGGAAAAUCCAGUCCAACUUCUAAGCAGCUUCAUUUUUGCCCAGUUAAGGACCAGGUGCUACUGUAAACAGGGGAAAAACUUGUGCAACAUACAUAGUGGUGGAUCACUAGCAUUUAUAGAAUAUGUCUUAGAAUAGACUGCAGAGUAUUUGCUACUUCUCUGAACAGAUGACUUAUGCUGGUCAGCUUGAGCCUGGCAAUAGCAAUAUAUGGUGACUUCGGGGCCAGCCUUGUCCUAUGCACUAUAACCCGCAUUAACUAUUGUACUUGCUUCAUGAUGUUAGACAGGCAUAAUUGCCAGAAUGCAUUUGUAUGACAGUUCAGGAUGUUAGCUAACAAUCUACUGUGUUUAUGAGUGGGAUUUAAGACCAAUAUUUUGUAAAUUAGUGUCUGAUUUGAAAUGACUGUUCAUGUCCCAUCUUAAGACAGUUUUGCCCUGAUUUUCAGAAAUUCUGGGCACUCACAUAUUCAACUGAAGUCUUUCUCUUCCCCAAAAUAUGAAUUCUCUUUCUCUCUCUCUCUCUCUCUCUCUCGCAAUAUUUUCAUAUAUUUCUGCCUGCCUCUGAUAACAUAUUGCAUAUUAGAACUUUUAUAUUUGAAAAAUGCUGCCUGUUAUGCUUCUAGGUUACUGUGCUCUUUAGUAUAAUCCAUAAUAAUAAUGCCUAAUUCUUAUACAGGUCAGUAGAUCUCAAACCACUGUAAAACAAGGUCAGUAUUAUUAAUCCUAUUAAUAAUGGGAGAUAUUGAGGCCAUCUAGCAGGUCAGUGAUUUAGCCAGAAAUAGGAGCCAGAUUUCCUGAAUACCAUGUCAAUGCUCUAGCCACUAGGCAACAGUGCCAUAAGAGAAACUAGUGUAAUAAGGACCUUAAACUUUUAUCUUUUAUGUGGGACACAAUAGUUUUUCAGUCAUAAACUAUAAGCUUAUGAAACUAGCUUUGUGAGGCCUCUAUAUAAUUUCCAAACAAUUAUUUUCUCAUAAGAAUGGCUAUACUGAGUUAGAUCAAAAGCCCAUCUAGCCCUAUAACUCUCUUCCAAGAGCAACCAAUGGCAGAUGCCCCGGAAGGAAUGAACAGAACAGGCGACCAUUGAGUAAUCCAUCUCCUGUGGUCUAUGUCUGGCAAAUAGAGACUAGGCACACUAGUAUGGGUUUGUGUCCUGGAGCAUCCUGACCAAUAGCCAUUGAUGGAUCUUCCUCCAUUAACUUAUUUAAUUCUUUUUUGAGCCAUAUUACAGUUUUGGCUUUCACAACAUCCCCUGGGAAAGCAUUCAACAGGUUGACCAUGUAUUUCAUAGAGUACUACCGCUUGUUUGUUUUAAACCAACUGCCUAUUAAUAUCAUUUGGUGAC